ACCAGUUGCAUAUCUCCGGCGCCAUGUUCAGAAAUUCUACGAACUGAUUUUGGAUUAGAGCCUUUUGUCCCUGAACUGGUCAUUUUAAUCCCACUUUGUGUAAUGGAUUCUUCAGAAAACCCAUUUGCUUCACUUGUAAAGAAUUCCUCAGUUGGUUUGGGAUCGGCUAUUUUCGGAGCUUGUGAGACGGAAAUCACUAAAAUCCUGGAGAGCAUACUGCUGAUUACUCAUGACAAAGAUGUUGCACUUGGGGAAUCAGGAAGGCCCAGCCAUCUACUGUAUAUGCAGAUACCCUCAGGUGGAACUGUACAAAUUCCUGUGGCUACUUUGGAUGAACUUAUUUUUGACCGGACGCAAAUCAGACAGUUUGACGACUAUGAUAUCAUUAGUCUUACCUCAGGGACACCCACAGAUCUAAAUGAUGUUCUGGAUCCAAACCCAAUACAUUAUUUGGUGUCUUCAUUUCAUCGCGCCUAUUCCUUAAAAUGCCCUGCAGCACUUUCACAGAUUGUCAAGGAUUGUCGAGACAGUAUCAUUAGACAAAUCGUACUUUUGCUGCUCGUGGAUGCUGAGUCCGAUAAUCCGGAAAGUAGUGUCACACUAUUUGAUAUUAUUUAUAAAGCCCUAUGUACAGAUGACUGUGAUCAGAUUUCAUGUAUUCAAACAAUGUUUGACGAAGUUCUUAACCACUUGGAGUCAGAGGCUCUGUCAGAUGUAAGUACAGUUGAAUCGUGUCCUGCUUCUGCGUUGAACAGUUUACGACCACUGGUGAAUCGUCUGCUAACCCAGUUCAUAGAUAUCUAUUAUCCAAACUCACGACCACCUAAUAUGGCAGUUGGCUUGGGAAAUAAUCGAUCGGUUAGUGUCAAAGAGCGUGCUUUAUUCUUUCCCCAACGUCAACCUCUUAUGGUCAUGGCGACCUGGUUAUCUCGAUACUCAAUCACUGCUCAGCUCCUUAUUGAGGCAUCAUUUCCUCGAAAUUUUUCUAAUGGUUCAUUCAAUCCGGAUGAAUUCGAAAGUGGACUACUGGGUCGACUACUAGUUCCUAGUCACUUGCAUUCACCUCAAGCAGCAGAGUCUUUAUUUUUAUCUGAUCGACCUCCUAUUGGUGAAUUUUUCAACGAAGAAGUGCCUUUAAAACCUGUUGUGGAAUCUGAACAGCGUACAAUUUGGCAAUUGACUGAACAAAUGGACGCGGAGUUGAACACUUUAUUCACCAAUUUACUCAGGGUUGGUAAACGUCGUCCGUAUAUAAAACGAUUAUUGUUCAAAUGGUUUGGAGCAUGUAUACAUGCUAACAGAGCUCGAAGUCAACUAGCCCAGUCAAUGAUGCAUCAUGACUUAAUGAAUCGAUCAAAUACACCAAAUUUAGCUGGUGAUGGAUUUCUUAGCAAUUUGACAGCAGUUUUAGUUCGACUCACAGGACCGUUAGUUACCCUACCGGAUAGACCACCGUUGGAUAAAAUUUGGCCAAAAUAUGCCAAAGAUUCAUGUUCUGAACGAGUAGUUUUACCAGAACUUCGUGGAGAAACACGUCUUGCGCCUAAUUCAUCGCAUACUCCUGAGAAAUUAGAAAAUACCUCAUUAACAGCUGAAGAUGACUAUCCUUUAUUAACUGAAUUAUUUUUCCUUGCUCAUGCUGCUAUACGCAUUGGUUGGACUCCAUUAAUUGCUAGACACUUUGAAACUGGUCAACAAUUACAUCGUCUAGAGGAUCAGCUACAACCGCAUGAAUCUGAUGGUCCGAAUAGUUCGAAUGAUUCUCAAGUAUUCUUUCUACGUCGUUUUAUGCGUGAGCGUACUACACGAUACUUAGAACAGUCGACUAGUUUGUCGUGUGUAUCUCGAUUGAAAGAUCAAUUAUCAUUUGAUAUAACUACUUGUCGUUUCCUUGUGAAAUUAGCACAGAAUAUGUUAAAUCAUCCUAAUAAUAUGCACACGAUGUUAUCAUCAACUACCUCAGCGUCAUCAUCAUCAUCGUCUUCUUCUUCUUCUCCUACUGCUGUAUAUCAUGGAUGUCUUUCUGAUUUACCAGAGUAUUUAGUUGACAAUAUAGUUGAACUUAUCAGUUAUUUAAGACGUGCAAAAGAUGAAUUUCUUGAAUCUAUUGAAGUAGCAUCAAUCCCGUUGGAACCACUUUUAGAAUUCAGUGUACUAUUUAUGAAUUACACAGGAUUAUUAACUAAUCCACACUUAAGAGCACGAUUGGCUGAAGUUCUUGAAUCUUUAAUACCACAACGUGAUGAUGAAGCGUGGAAUACAAAUUCUAGUUCAGGAUUAUUAGGAUCAUUCAGUUUAUCCUUCCACAGACGUGAACAACUCAUGAAUCGUGAUCCAGAGGUGAUUGAUGAUCCCAUUCUAGGCAAUACUGUUCGAGCAUUGUUAACAGCCUUUGUAUCUAUUGAAUUAUCACCUGGCACUGGAGUAGUCGGCAGUGCUGGUAGUGCAGCUGAUACAGUUAUCGCUGCAUCAUCGGCAUCACAGAGUUCCACGUCGCAUCGUAAUAAUUCUCAGUCGACUAGUAGUAGUAGUAGCAAUGAACAUCAAAAUACCGACAGUGAUGAUAACGAUAAUGUUGGGGCUAGUGGUGGUGGCGGUAGUGGUAGUGCAGCACAAGUAACAGACGCUCAAACUGCUGCAUCAGUUGGAUUUGAAGAAAAAUUCCACUACAGACGUCCUAUGUACGCAUGUUUAAGAUAUUGGCAUGGUAAACCGUUGUAUGAUGUACAAUUCAAGCGAUUAGAAAGUGAAGCGCUAGCGCAUAUCGAUGAUGCCAAUCCUCCCUUGUUUCUCCAGUUUCUUUCCCUUUUGGUAAACGAUGCUAUUUUCUUAUUGGAUGAAGCUCUAAGCCUGUUAGCUCAACUUAAACAAACUGAACGUGAAAGAGAUAAAUGCGGUGGAAGACUAUCAUCGUCUUCAGAAGAGGCAUUAUUUGCGCAUACAGGUCGAUUAGCCCGACAUCAUAUUAUGCUUGGAUUGGAUACAAUAGCUGCACUACGUCGAGUAGUAACUCUGUGUUCACAGUUGAUUACACAUCCUGUAUUGGUUGAUCGAGUUGCUUGUAUGCUAAAUUAUUUCCUAACACGACUUGUUGGACCAAAACAACGUGAUCUAACUGUACGCGAUAAAGCUGCCUAUGGUUUUAAACCUGAUAUAAUGGUGUUAGAGAUUUGUGGAAUUUAUCAGACACUAGCAAGAGGAUCUGAUUCUUCAGUGAAAACAGAAACAAAAAUUGAGAAUAAUUUUUCAUCGUCAUCAUCACCGUCUCCAUCUGAAGCAUUUCGUCGAGCUGUAGUCAGUGAUGAAAGAUCAUUUACACCGGAUCUGUUAGAUCAAGCCUGUCGUGUAUUAGACAGAAUUGCUGCACCUAUAGAUUUAUGCAAUAAAUUCAAUGAAGCUGUUCAGUUAAUUAAGGCUGAAAAUGUUAUCAAAACUGAAGAUGAAUUAGAUGUAGACGAUGCACCGGAUGACUAUAUUGAUCCUAUUAUGGGUUAUAUUAUGGAAGAUCCUGUAAAAUUGCCUACAUCUGGACAUAUAGUUGAUCGGAAAACAAUCUACCGUCAUUUAUUAAAUGAUUCAACUGAUCCAUUCAAUCGUCAACCAUUAUCAAUGUCUCAAGUAGAACCACAAGAAAGUCUACGAUCAACUAUUCGUGCAUGGAUUAAUGAACGUAGAGCACAAAAAUUACAGAAUACCACUACUACUCAGGCUGAACAGAAUUAUUCAUGAUUAUAAAUAAAUAAAUAAAUAAAUCUUUAACUUAUAAAACUCUUAAUCUUUUAUUUAUGCAUAUAUAUAUAUAUAUAUACAUACUACAAAAUUAGUAGCAUUACUUUUUUAUGAUAUAUAUAUAUAUAAUCUUUGUGUGAAGUUGUCUGUUUGUUUACUUGUGCGUGUGUGUGUGUGCGCGCACGUGCGUACGUGCUUGCAUGUUUUCUUACUUUAACAUUUUGUGUGAGUAGGUAUGAAUUAAUACUCAGUUUUUAAUAACUUACCUUUACUUUACGCACCUUUGGCGUUUUGCACACUCAUAAAUUCAUCACAAUGAUGAAAUAAUUGAGGGUGAAUAAUAAUAAUAAUAAAGUACACAGCAUUGAUCCAUCAGUGUCUGUGUUGUGUAAGCUAACAUUAGUAACACUAACAAUUAAAAUAGUAAUUGUUUUAAUCGUACAUAUAUGUAUGUGACAGACAAAAGAGUACAACACACACAUGCACGCACGCACACACAGACACACAUACAAAUGAAUGAAAUAUUGUCAACAUCAACAAUGACAACAAAAAUGCCAUAAUAAGAGGAGAUACACACGUCAUUCAAUAGCACAGAAUAAAGAGAGCGAGACAGAAAGAUAUACAAUAAAAUUAUGUAUCUUGUUUUGUUGUAAUAUAAAUUUUUAAGAUUUACAA